AUGUCGGCAAAGAUGAGCCGCUUGCGCCCAGUAUCUGACUCGUUGGAGAAUGUUGGGUUUGUGUCAAAAGGAGAUCGGAAGUUGUUGAAUCAUAAGAUCCAGACGGAAUACUUCGACAGAAUCGUCGACCGAUACAUGCGCUUUUGCGCCCAUCAUUCUAAAGAUCUCGAUGCAGCGUUAGCUUCCCUUCCAACAAGUCCCUCAAACGAUGCGACUUCCAAUCCGCCCGCUUCCCGGUCGCCUUUGAGAUUGAACCCCGCACAGAAGGACAUCCCGCCACCAUCGACAGAGCUAUCCACACUCCUUCUCUCCCUACGCAAACUGCGCGAGGCCGUCCUAGCAACAGCCGCAACCACACCGGCAGAAUUCUCACAACGGGUUCAUGUUUUCUCCAUUCGCUUGUCCAUUCUCGCGCAUCACCCGCCGUCAUAUUUCCCCUCUUUGCGAUACCUUCUAGAUAGACUGCAUUCCACAUCCCACCCACUACCUGACUCCGAAGCCCAGGAACUGGUCUCAUACUUGAUUCUCGAUUAUGCCUGCCGACAAGGCGAUAUGCUCGCGGCCUAUGAGCUGCGCGCCCGGGCGCGGAAAGAGCACUCCUUUCAAUCCCAGACCGUCGAUAAGGUUUUAGCUGCCUUGAUGCACGAUAACUGGGUGCUGUUCUGGCAAUUACACAACAGCGUGGAUUCACACAUGCGUGCAGUGAUGAAUUGGGCUGCGGACCGAGUCCGCAGGCACGCGCUCAAGGCCGUGGGCAGUUCUUAUCUUAGUGUGCAUAUUAGCUGGAUUUUGGGCGGUUGUACAGGCGAUGAACAGAGUUGGACAUGGGAGAAAUUGGUUGAGAAAGAGAAACUUCGUUGGGACCGGGAAGGCGAUAAAAUCAUCAUCAAACGGCCGAGGCAGAGCCCUCCUACCAAGGCGCAGCCGAGCGUGUCGAGUGCAUGA